AUGAAGGUUGUGUUAAUCUGUGUAUCGGCCUGGAUCGCUCUAGUAGCCGGGGCACCUACGAUCCUCAACUCGAUCCCGGAUUACCUCAACGAUAGACUGUACCAGUACCGGGAUAAACGCUCGAAAAUCGCCCAUUCGAUUUAUCCCAUCGGAGGCGUGUCAUCUCAAUUCUCUUCGUUCUCACCCUACCAAUGGAACGUUCGACCCUACGUGAACCCCUACGCGUUCGCCAACUAUGGUUACCAGUCCAUGUACGGUUGCGGGCGUGGCCUGUUUAAGUCCGACGAACGAGAAGACGAUAGAGACCCAUCUGACACGGAUCCAGACGCCCACAGACACACAGACACUUCAGGAACAAACCCUCAACUCACUCCCACCAGCUUGGCAAGUAUGGGACAGCUGGUGGCCCCCGCCGGUGGCCCGGCGUACGGUAUGUUCCCGAAUGUUCCAAAUGCCGGGUGUAACGUCCCGUUUCUAUUCAGCUGUGCCCCAACAAUAGUCCCGGGGAGAAUUAUGCGGGGACCGCAGUACGGUUUCGGGCCGUUUGGGGCGUUCCGUGACGUGGAUAACUUCGGCUACGAUAGUACUUUGCAAGACCAAGCGGCUCAUGAGAACGUCGCCACGGGAGACGGCAGCCAAGUGACAAAGAAUUAG